AUGAAUUGCACUUAUCAUAUUUAAAACUAAGUUUCAUUCAUAUGUAUAGCUUCUCACAAGUGUUAGUACUAAAGGAAACUAUGUGCUGAAUGCCUUUAUGACCAUGGAGUGGAUGUGAUCAAGCAAACAGUUCCUAUUGAUAGAUUUGGAGCAAUGGUUAUUAAGAAACUAAAAGAAUCAAAAUUAGAAGAGACAUCUGAAUUAAUCCAAUAAAGAAUGAAUUUCAAAUCCAUUUUUUCAAAAAUUGAGAUUAUGAUGAAGAAAAUUUGGGAAGAAUCAGCACAAUCAAUAAAAAAAAUAUAUGAUAUGAUUGAACAUGAAAAUAAAUAAUACAUUAAUCUGAUCUAUGAUAAUAGGAAUCUAGCAGAAUCCUCUUAUAAUAACUUAGAAAUUUUAGUAUCAAUCUUAGAAGGAAAUACAUUAGAUUCAUGGAAUGUCUAAAAAAAUUUGUAGUUGAAAAAACUAGAAAAGGCAAAAAAUUGGUUGAGCUAAGAAGUUAACGCUUUUAAUGAAAAGAUAAAGAAUGAAUUGGAUUAAUUAAAUAUAAUUGGUUAACCAUAGUUAUCAAAUUUUGUUUAAGAAGUGAAAUCAUAAAUUAAAACUAAAAUGAGAGAUAAAAUACAAAUUGAAUCAUAAGAAGAAGAACAACAUUAAUAAUAAUCAUUAAUAAACUAAUAAUAGUAAUUUUAAUAACUUCAAUAACAAAAUCAAAUCAAAUCUCCAUCUUAAUUCAAUCUGAAACCAUUUAAUUAUUAGAUAAUUCAAAAGAAUUCUAUUAAAUAAGAUGAAUGGUGUUUAGCAGUUGAUCUUAAUAAAGAUGGUUCAAUUUUAGCAGCUGGAUGUAAUACAGAAAUUAAAAUAUAUGAAUUCAAAUAAGGAAUGUUGAAAUUAAAUCAAAUCUUAAAUAAACAUAAAACUAAUGUGUACAUAUUAAAUUUUAUGAAAUAAUCAAAUUAGUUGAUUUCUGGAGAUCAAGGAGGAUCAAUUUUAAUUUGGUCAUAUAAUAAUAAUUCAUGGAUAUGCUUAUAAACUAUUAAAGGUCAUAGUGAUUUUGUUAGAUGCUUAAUAAUGAAUAAUAAGGAAGAUCUGUUUAUAUCAAGUAGUGAUGAUAACUCUAUUAAGUUUUGGCUUGAGGAAAAUGGAUGGAGCUGUUAAUAAAAAAUUUUAGAUCAUAGUAAUUCGGUUUAUCAAUUAAGUUUAAAUGAAUAACAAAAUCAAGUUAUAUCUUGUGGAGAAGAUAGUUAGAUAUUAGUAAUUGAGCAAUCAGAACUUAAUAAAAAUUGGAUUGUAAAAUAAAAAAUAAAAGUUGAUUGCGAAGGAUAUCGAUUAUGCUUUAUUAACGAUAAUCUAUUCACAUUUUAACCUUGUAAAGGAAAUUUGAUGUAUGUCUAUGAAAAGAAUAGUAUAAGUAAAUAAUUCACUAAGUCAAAAAAUAUUACUAUUAAUCAAAGUAAUUAAUUUUUAGGUGGAUUAUUUCCAUAAUAAUUUAUUAAAUAAAAUAAUUACUUGUGA